AUGGGUGGCGGUGGUGAAAAGAUGCCCGGCCAAUACAUGGGCUGGUGGGGUUCCCUAGGCUCCCCAGCCCAGAAAGGCGUCGUAACCUACGCCGUCUCCCCCAACCGCCAGCGCCCUCUCGCCGGCACGCUCAACGCUGCAAUCUUCAACACCUUCCGCCGCACCCGCCAGCAGAUCCUGUACUGGGCCCCGCCCAUGAUCCUCGCGUAUAGCGCUAUGAACUGGGCUAUUGAGCGGUGGGUCAUUCCUUUAUUUGCUACAAACGACUGA